AUGGCAGACGAGAACGAAGAGAACGAAACCAUGGAAACGGCGGAAACGGUUCCAAGGGAGAAAACUCCUGAGGAAAUAGCGGACUUGAAUCGCAAGUAUAAUAAACGUAAGGCUCUAAUCAAGGCCUUUGAUCGUGAAUUCGAGGGGGUUGAGGACAUUCUCUCCAAAGAAACCCCUAACAAGGCGGAACAAAUUCUGGCAGAGGCCAGUCUUGAAGAACUUAAGAACAUAUUCGACAACGAAUAUGAAUUAAAUAACGAUAUCGGAGCGGAACUCGAUGGCGGCGAAUUCAUCAUUGAAAUGGAUAACAUUAUCGUGCGGCGGAGUCAUGAGCGAAGACGUCUCAUGCGUGUAAAACUGUUCGUUGAGGAUUUCAAGGAGCACGCAAAAGCGGAAACAAAGAGGGAGAAACGGGACGGCACACCUUCGUCGGCAAAAACGGCAAGGUUGCCAAAACUAAGGCUUCCCAUAUUUGAUGGGACAUUCACAAAAUGGACAGCCUUCUGGGAGACAAUGGAAGCAGACGUGAUAAACGGUAACUUUUCGGAUAUUACAAAAUUUAGUUAUAUCCUAGGGCAAUUAAAGGGACCAGCGCUGGAUGCGGUCACAGGCAUCCACGCGACGGGAGAUAACCUCGAGACGCUGACGACAACACUAAAGGAGAGGUUCGGGCAACAACGGAAAAUUGUCCGAGCUCACGUGUGCAGCAUUUUCGACUUGGAGCCACCCGGACAUAGCUACGCAGCACUGAGCCAGUUCUACAACCACGUCAUGGGAGACAUCAGAUCGCUCAACAACCUGGGCAUCGACACGGAAGAAUGUGCGGCGUUCAUCAUCCCAACGAUGGAGAGGAAGCUGCCGAGACAGUUCCAGGACAAGAUGGGGACCAGCGGACAGGACGGAGCCUUCAACCUGAAGGCGUUUUUAGAAACUUUCGUAAAGCACCUGAACAAUCUAGGAGAACGUUUCAGUAGUGAAAAUCGCGAGAAAACCAAACCCGCUGAAAGUGCGAACCGGAAACCCAUCUCUGCCGCAACCUUAGUGUCCAACAACGGGACAAAACCAAAAUCAUGCGUGUUCUGCGAUGGAGACCAUUUUCCAUCAAAUUGUACAAAGGGUGAUUCGGAUCGAUUCGCGGUGGUCAAAGCCAAGCGCUUAUGUUUCAAUUGUCUCCGACCGCACUCUGCCAGGAAUUGCAGCAAUCGCAAAAAUUGCAACGUCUGUAAUCGCAGACAUCAUUCAUCUCUGCAUAAUCACUUUGCUCAACAUUUUGGCGCGACGAAUGCUGGUGAACAGCAAGGCGGUUCUAGUACUACUCAAACAUGUGCGAUACCGCGUGAAAAAUCACGGUGUCCAGUAGGCCUAUCCGGUGCAGGCCUAUGCGACAAAUCAGAGUCGGGAAGUGUCGUAAAAUUAGAAUCCAAUAAGUUGGAUAGGCCUAACGGAUCGGAACGCAAAACUAGGCCUAUAGAUCCUGCUGCUGUAGCAGCUGAGACGGCAGAAAACAACAAAAUUGUUUUGUUGGAAACGGGUCGUGUCACCUUAGAAAAUGGUGAUGCACAAAUUAAGGCAGGGGUACUCAUAGAUCGGGGCAGCAUGCUGUCAUACAUUCGCAAAGAUACGGCUGUAAAAUUAAAACUCCAGCCACACGGUAAGCAGUACCUAAAUGUCAACGGUUUCGGGGGUCAUGUAAGCAAACGGUGCUACGACAUGGCAUCGGUUAAUGUAGCUACUAAUGAAGGGCCGAAGGUCAUGGAUGUCUUAAUCACAGAUGAAAUUGUGAAGCCGAUAAACCAAAGCGGAUGGAAAAAAUGUUUGAAUCAUGAUUACAUAAAGGAAUUACCCCUAGCGGACAAUCUUGGUGCCAAAACUGGCAAAUUAACCAUAGAUUUACUCAUAGGAUGCGAUAGUGCAUAUUUGUUCUUGGAAAAUCGCAUUAUCACGGGAAAACGUGGUCCCACUAUACAGUUUUCAAACAUCGGUUGUUUCUUGUCAGGCCCAUUAGAAAUAAUCCAAGGGGAUAGCGCUGAUGCCACGACCGCCGUGGUCGGCCAAGGUGAUAACGAAAGUGAGGAUCGGGAGGCGGAAUUGUUGAAAACUUACAUGGAAUCAAUAACGGUCAAAAAUGACGAAGGAAGCGAUGGUAAGUACGAUGAUCAAUUCCUCUCAAACUACCUUGAUAAAAUGCAAUUCAAAGAAGGUCAUUAUUAUGCUCCACUCCCCUGGAAAGAUGACUACCCGGAGUUAAAAACCAACGUGGACGCCUGUAGGUCCCGCCUCAAUCAGGUUACAUCUAGGCUUAGAAAAUUGAAUCUUGCUGAUCAAUACAUGAAAGUAAUGCAAGAAAAUCUUGAUAAGGGGUAUGUCUCAGAGAUCAGUGAUGCACAGGCCUUAAAAGAAUCAGAUUGUCACUUCAUGCCACAUUUUCCGGUAUUGAGAGAAAGCGCAACCACUCCUGUUAGAAUAGUGUUCGAUGCUAGUUGUGGUUCGCCAUCAUUAAAUGAUUGUUUACACGGUGGGCCAAAUAUGACACAAGAUCUGGUAAGGUUGUUGAUGUUAUUUCGGACGGGAAAGUAUGCUAUCAGUGCAGAUCUGGCCCGGGCUUUCUUAUCGGUUAGGUUGCUCGAGCCGGACCGGAAGUAUGUGCGUUUUUUGUGGUACAAAGACAACGACAUGACGAAAGAAGUUGUGCCGUAUACCUGCAACACAGUCAUCUUUGGUAAUGUCAGUAGCCCAUUUGCCUUGGCAGUCACCUUGCAUAAACAUCUGACUCAGUACAACACACCUGUAUCACUAGACAUGUUGGCAAAGACAUACGUUGAUAAUUUGUUGUCAGGGGUCGGCUCAGAAUCGGAAGCCUUGAAGUAUUACCAUGAAGCUAGAGAAAUCAUGUCUUCGGCAGCCUUUGACUUACGGCAAUGGGCCACAAACUCGGAAAAACUAAAUGAGAAAAUACACGAAGACGGUACAAAUGCAAAAGCAGGUCCACAAAAUGUCCUUGGCUUAAAAUGGCAUUGUGUCAGGGAUGAGCUUUCGGUUAGCGAGAAACGGUUUGAAAAGGACAAGGUCCACACAAAAAGAACGGUAGUCUCAGAGACUUCUUCGAUUUUCGAUCCUCUUGGUCUUGUGGGUCCAAUGGUUGUGCCAGCUAAAGCGUUCGCAAACAAACUGUGGGUUGAGAGUAAGUCUUGGGACGAGCAUCUGACUGAGGAUCAGAAACAUGAGUGGAAUGACAUUCGGGUGUCAUUACAAAGAGCGGAUGAGAUGAAAUUUCCAAGAUGGUUGAAUCUUGAAUCAGAUAAUCAGUUGGAAAUCAUUGUGUUUUGUGAUGCAUGCCCAACUACGGCAAUCGGGUGUGUAGCAUAUGGUAAGCAAGGCAACCGGGUCACAUUGCUGGGUUCUAAGAACAAGGUGGUAUCGCAGAAAAACAACAAUCUGACGGUACCAAAAUUAGAAUUGCAGGCCAUGGUGAUGGGAGCCCAAUACGCAGAUUACUUGGUCAACACAUACAGGGACACUUACGCAGGAGUAAACGUAACUCUCCUCACUGAUUCGGAGAUAGCCUUGUAUUGGGUGAAAUCUGACAAAAAGUUGCAGCAAUUUGUCAAAAAUCGGGUUGACCUGAUCAGAAAGCUCACAAAGGUCGAGCAAUGGUUUCACGUCAGAACGGCUGACAACAUUGCUGACAUAAUAUCACGGGGUACAACACUCCAGGGACUGGGGAGCUCUGUUUGGUUACAGGGACCCAAGUGGUUAGAAGACGACAGCAUCACUUGGCCAAUCAAUCCCCUAAAUGAUCACAAAAUUGAGACAGUGUUGGUAGGGAGUGUAGAGGUGGAAAAUGAAUUUCUUCCAAAAAACACUAGGGUAGGCCUAACACAAAUCAUGGAUGUCCAACGCUACAGCUCCUACACCAAACUGUUAAAAGUGACCUCAUUGGUCACCCGAGCUUUCAAACGUGGAAUUCAGGCCAAGAGCAAAAUUUCAGCGGACGACAUGCACGCCGCGGAACAACUAUGGAUUCGUAGCACUCAACAAGAGGGGUACGGCGAUGUUCUGACUUAUCUACGGGCAGAGAAAGCAAAGAAGCAAAAGCUUCCCAAGCGACCACCAUUGGUCAAUCAACUAGGCCUAUUUCUCGCAGACGAUGGCAUGAUUCACUGCGGGGGGAGGGUGCGUAACGCAAAUGUCGAAUUGGACAGGAAGUUUCCGAUUCUACUUUCAAAAACUAGCUUUUUGUCAACGCUGAUCAUCCGGGAUGCGCACCAACGUAUAGUGCAUUAUGGUACUGGGGCAACAAUGUGUGAACUCCGGAAAAAAUUCUGGAUCACAUCCAUGCGUUCUACAGUUCGUCAAGUUGUCAAACGUUGCGUAAUCUGUAAGGUUGUAGCUGGAAGACCUUACUUGACACCACUGGCACCAGAGUUACCUGAGUUUCGGUUAAAUGAACUAACCGCAUUUAGAGCAUCAGCAGUAGACUUUACAGGUCAUAUUUACGUUCGCAAUAGGCCCACAAACAAGGUACAGAAGGUCUAUGUAGCAUUAUUCUGUUGUCUGACAACUAGAGCGGUUCACUUAGAAGUAGUCCCAGAUAUGACGGUUGAGUCAUACUUGCGUGCCUUCAGACGGUUCACAUCAAACUGUUCGACACCUAAACUUGUAUACUCGGAUAAUGCCAAAACCUUUAAGGGCGCAGAAACAGAAAUCAAACGGUUGUUAGCUAACGUGAGUGGUGAAAGAGUUCAGAAUCACCUUACUAGAAACGGCAUCUCUUUCAAAUAUAUACCGGUGCAGGCUAGUUGGUUUGGAGGUGUGUAUGAACGCCUUAUCGGGGUAGUAAAAAGCGCCAUCAAGAAGACGCUUGGUAAGGCUCUGGUUGACAGUGAUGAAUUAAACACCAUGGUUAAAGAAAUACAACAAGUUGUAAACAACAGACCGCUAACAUAUAUGUCGUCGGAGCCAACUGAAUUAGGUUUACACGCGAUCACUCCGAAUCACCUAAUUUUCGGUAGAGAUAUGGAUCUCUUACCUCACCAAGAGGUAGAAAACGCAGAGUUCGACCCAACAUAUGACGGGAAAACCGCACUGGAAAAAAUGGCACACCACAGAUGCGUAUUGAUCAAUCAUUUUCGGAAACGUUUUUAUGACGAGUACGUGGCCGUGUUACGGGAACGUCACAUGUACGAAGUAAGUAAACAGAACGCCACAGCAGACACAAUACGCUGUGGGGACGUGGUCUUGGUUCAUGAUAAGGAUGAACGUCGGAUUAACUGGAAAUUAGGAAAGAUCGAAAGUUUGAAUACCGGCAAAGAUGGGUUGACGCGUUCCGCAACUGUGCGCACAACAUCGGGUAGAUCAAACCGUGCGAUUGGAAAAUUAUAUCCCCUGGAAUUGCAUGUUGGUCCAGAGGAAGUGCCGCCAAAGGCGGGAAAUCACGUAAACGAAGGUACGCGACCGCAGCGCGCAGCUGCGAAACUCGCACGUGAACGGAUACAGAGACAAUCUCAAGACUAA